AGCGCCAUCUGGCGACUUAUCACUUUCAUUCGUCUCUCGGUUCUUUUAAAAUCACAAUAAAUUUUUUGCUAUUUUUUAAAGAUUUCUAAUGGCAGACACAGUUCCUGAACACUGUCCUGGAACGCAAAGUGAAUCCGCUGGCAAGGCUUCUGCGUGUGCUGGAUGUCCAAAUCAGCAGAUUUGCAGCAGUGGCGAAGCAAAAGGACCUGAUCCCUCAAUUGCCUUAGUUAAGGAACGUCUGAAAGAUGUAAAGAACAAACUUGUCAUCCUGUCUGGCAAAGGUGGCGUCGGAAAAAGUACUGUCACCGCUUUAUUAUCACGAGCCAUGGCCCAAAAUAAUGCAGAACAAAAUUUCGGAGUGCUUGACAUCGAUAUUUGUGGUCCGUCGCAACCUCGAGUCUUCGGAGUGAUUGGCGAACAAGUUCAUCAAUCGGGAUCUGGAUGGAGUCCCGUUUACAUCGAGGACAAUUUGAGUCUGAUGUCGAUUGGAUUUCUCCUGGGAAGUCAAGAUGACGCGAUUAUUUGGCGUGGACCGAAGAAAAACGGCAUGAUAAGACAAUUUUUGAGUGAAGUUGAUUGGGGACAGCUGGAUUACUUGAUUCUCGAUACGCCGCCCGGUACUUCAGACGAACAUCUUUCAGCUUCGACGUAUUUAAAUGGCACUGAGGGGAAAUGGGGAGCUGUUUUGGUGACGACACCACAAGAAGUUGCCUUGCUCGAUGUCCGCAAAGAAAUUUCGUUCUGUAAAAAGCUAAAAAUUCCCGUUGUGGGCGUCAUUGAGAACAUGAGCGGGUUUGUAUGCCCCAAAUGCACGGUUCAAUCGACAAUUUUCGCCGCAAAAACCGGAGGAGCUGAGAAAAUGUGUGAAGAAAUGGCAGUUCCAUUCUUAGGGAGACUUCCAAUUGAUCCGAGACUUGCCAAAUGCUGUGAUGAAGGAAGAAAUUUCGUUGAAGAGUUUUCCGAUAGUCCAGCUGUGACAUCGCUCAUGGCAAUUGUCAAGAAAAUUGAGACCCAUUUCGCUUGAAUUUGUUAAUUUUUGUAGCAUUUAUUAAAAAAAUAUCAAAAAU